UUUGACUGUCAGGUGUCACUGUUGGACUGUUGUAAGGUUAGUUGGUGUAACCUGCUGACCUAUUCAUAAAUGUAUGCAAGUAUAUAUAUAGUGUUGUCCGUCUUGUCAAAAGAUUCUUUUUAAGAUAUUUAACAUUAAAAACACGUGGCGCCAAAAAACUUCACAUAAUACUUGUUACAAAAUUAUUUCUCACGUCAUAAUUUCAGUUAAUAUUUCUCAUAAACAUAAGCAAUAAAAUGUGCGGAAUUUGGGCAGUUUUUGGUUUGACUACAAAUUUACAUACACAUUGCGCAUCAGCAUUUUCUAAAAUUGGUCAUAGAGGACCAGAUGCAUGGAGAGUAGAGUAUGACCGGAAAUUGAAAAACUGUUGUGUUGGAUUUCAUCGAUUGACUAUUGUCGACUGCACAUAUGGAAUGCAACCAAUGAAAUUACAUCAGUAUCCUCAUUCAAUGUUAAUUUGUAAUGGUGAACUGUAUAACUGCAAACGUUUGGCAGAACAGUUUGAUUUCAAGUAUGAAACAUUUAGUGACGUGGAAUGUAUAUUUCAUCUAUAUGAAAAAUUUGGUAUUGAAGAAUGUGUAAAAAAUUUGGAUGGUGUUUUUGCUUUCUGUUUAGUUGAUGUACCUAGACGAAAGGUUUUACUUGGGAGAGAUCCUUAUGGGGUACGACCACUUUUUAAGAUUCUCAGUCAAAGUGGGAUACUUGGUAUUUGUUCAGAGGCAAAAGGGCUGACAGCCAUUGAAAAGGAACUAAACGGCGAAUAUAAGAAGUUAGAACCAUUUCCACCUGGAACAUUUGAAGAAUAUGACAUAUUGGAAAAUGGAAAAGUGAAACUGGUGAAAAGUCAACGGUAUUUUUCACCUGGAGAUAAACCAUCUUUCAAACCAUUUGUCACAUAUGAAGAUUUGAUCCCAAACGACCAUACAGGCAACAUAAGGAAAUUAUUGACAGAAGCUGUAAGGAAAAGAUUGAUGGCAGAUAGAAGGAUAGGAUGUUUACUUUCGGGUGGUUUAGAUUCUUCACUGAUUGCAUCUUUAUUAGUUAAAGAAGCAAAAAGGGCCAACCUACCCUAUAAAGUACAGUCAUUUGCAAUUGGGAUGGGUGAUAGCCCAGAUUUACGAGCAGCCCGUGUAGUUGCUAAACACAUAGGUACGGAGCAUCAUGAGGUGACGUUCACAGAGGAAGAUGUGGUUAAAAUUCUUGAUGAUGUAAUUUAUACACUGGAGAUCCCUGAUAUCACUACAAUAAGGGCCUCUAUACCUAUGUAUUUGAUCUCAAAAUAUAUUCAAGAAAAUACUGAUACAACAGUACUAUUUAGCGGUGAGGGGGCCGAUGAGAUUGCUCAAGGUUAUAUAUACUUCAGAGAUGCACCGAGUCCUAAGUUAGCUCAUGAAGAUAGUUUGAGGUUGUUAAGGGAAAUAUAUAUGUUUGAUGGCCUUAGAGCUGAUAGAACAACUGCAGCACACAGUUUGGAAUUGAGAGUUCCUUUCUUAGAUUUGCAGUUUACAAACUAUUAUCUCAAUGUCGAUCUUGAAUUGAAACAACCAAAAGAUGGCAUAGAAAAGUAUUUGCUGAGGUCUGCAUUUGACAAAACUGAUGUUUUACCUCAUGAAAUUCUUUGGCGGCAUAAAGAAGCAUUCAGUGAUGGUGUCGCAUCUAAAAAGAAAUCGUUAUUUGUCAUUUUGCAAGAAAUUGUGGAAGAGAGAUUACCACAGGCUUAUGACGAAGCUGCUGCAGCUAAAUUGUAUCCGCAUUGUACUCCCAGCUCAAAAGAGUCGUUGUAUUACAGAGGAGUUUUCGAAAAGAGUUUUCAGGACCUGGCUAAAAAUUUCUUACCUUAUUAUUGGAUGCCUAGAUGGGUAGAAGGAAUAACCGAUCCGUCAGCAAGAUUUAUCAAGCAUUAUGCUGCAGAAGAUAACAAAUAGAUAAUAAAAGUGAAGUGCAAGAAAAAAAGUUCAAAA